AUGUCCGUCGACAUCUCCAACUAUCUCUCCGGAAUCGACCCCGCCUUCGAAGGCAAGUUCGGCCCAAAGCUCCAGAGUCUCGCGACCCCCAUCCACGACAAGAAGGAUGCGCUGAAGGCUGUCGUUGAAGAAGCACUUGGGUUAGUCGGUACCCAAGAAAUAACCGACGAGGAGGAGUCUGCAUUGUUGGCAGCCGGAUUCCUGUUUGCGACGGAGUUGAUCCAGCAGCUCACUAAAAAGCCUUCCGAUCUGGAAUUACUGGAUCCGUGGGCUCACUACAAGCACGGUACCAAGCAAGGAGGACCAAAAGACGCUGGCCUUCCGUUUUCUGCGACCCGCCACAAGUACAACCGCUACCAGGCUAUCAAGGAUACCAGCUUCCAAAAGUCACAGGCAGAGUACAUCAAGCUGGUCAACGGACUGAUCGCUAAGUACCAACUGAAAUCUUAA